UUCACGCGACAAUAGGUCAACAGGGGCAUGUCGAUGGGCCAGACGUCGUCACAGAUCUUUUGGAUCAGAUCCAAGAUGUCCUGACGAAGGGAACGACGAACUCCUCGUUUCUAUCCCCUUCUGUAAAGAGCUUUCUUAUCCAACGUUCGGCAGCAUUUAUUGUCCUGAACAGAACCCUCUCAAACAUUGAUUUGUUGUCAAAAUCUACCAUCUCAUUAUCACCAUCAUCAUGGCCGAGAACAAAGAGAACGAGGCCCAGGAGGAGGUGGCACCUCCUCAUGGCGACUACGAAAGCGAUCUGAACACCAUGUUCAUCUUGGACUUGAUGCGUCAGAAACGUGAGAAAAUCAUGCGAUUGAAGAAGGACGAGCUCAUCAAUGAGAUGGCCAAGAAGCAGAAGGAGAAGAUGGCUCAAGCCCGAAAACCCGACUACGGUGUGACAGAUGGCAGUGGAUUUAUGGGUGUGACAGGUCUGCUUCAAAACCCAAAGAAGUACGAUUGGCGAGAGCAGAAGCGGGCGCGAGAAGCCGCAGAGGCCGGAAAGUAAAGCAUGUGUUGUCUUGAUCUGUGUUAAAAAGGCCCACCCUUCCUCUUAAUUGAGCCCAGUACGUGUAUUGUGAGUGUUGCAAUGGAAAUCUUCAUGAUAAUAAAAGUGUUUUGGUGUUAGUUA